GAAUUUCUUAUUUAAGAAUAUGCAAAUUAAUCGUUAAUCACUACUCACUUCCUCAACCUAAACUAAGAGGCCAGAGAAGAAAGGGAAAAUGAAGACAAUUACAAUUAGAAAUUGUUUCUUCCUCUCUUCUCUAGUCCUUAGCCUCAUCACUCUCUUUCCCCAUCAAAUUGCAGGCAGUAGUCUGGUGGAACAAGUAUGCGAACACUCCCACGACAAAGCAAAAUGUAUAGAAAGCUUUAACUCAAACCCAGAGAGUGAGGGAGCGAGUCUAGAGCAACUCGGGGUACUAGCUUUAAAGCUAGCUGCUCAGAACGCAACAUACACGUCUUUGUAUAUGCAGCACGUUCUUGGAAACCAAACAUUGGACCCUGCGAUUCAACAGGCGCUAAGUCAUUGUGCAGACCAGUAUUCAAAUGCUUCCCAGGAACUAGAAAACUCUAUAACUGCUUUGUCAACAGAUAAUAGACAUACAGUGUUCACGUGGGUGAAUGCAGCGAUUACCAAUAUUGAAUCCUGCGAGGGCAAGUUGAAGGAAAGUGGGAGCCCAGAUUCUAUAAUGUUGGCCAGGAAUGCAAUGUUCCUCUUUUUGUGUGACAAUGCCUUGGCCAUCAACAAAAUCUUGACCUAAAAGCACUAGAAAUGCUCUAAAUGUUAAUUUUGUAACUUUAAAUUAAUAAUAAUAUCACUCUAGGUGUUUUUUGGUA